GCUGCCUGGGGCAGGUGCUUGUUUACAUCGCAGGUUAAAGCGGUUGGGUUUUUUUGUUUCUUUUUUCGGUUCCUGGCUCAGCCGCCCCUGCAGACGGUGGGUUGAUUGCGCCGCUGCUCCUGUCCCACCACAGCGGGGGAGUUGGUUGCGUUCGGUCCAGUAGCUGCCAAGGGCAGAGGAUCUGGCACUGGGAUCUCUGCGGUUGAUUGCUGCCUCCAAAUUGGACCCAACUGCAGCUAGAGAGGAACUGGUCAGAGCCCAGCGCCCGCACUCCAGCGUUCAUCUGUCUCGGUGAGAGAGGAGAGGUGACUAAAGGUGUGGGUCCCAUGGAUUCGGAGCAGUUACCCAAUGGAAGACAAGGUGAUCUGCCUAACAGCAAACUCCAGAGAUCUGUUGGGUGGAAAGCCCCGCUGGCCGUCGGCGUGGUGGUCCUAGUCGUGAUUGUUGCUGUUGCUCUGGUACUUUUGCACGUGAAAUCUCCUCUGGAAUCCAAGCUGCCUCAUGUCUCCACCCCAGUCCAUCUAAAUGUAAGAUUCCCUGCUCCCUGCUGCCCGGACGGCUGGGUCGGGUACAGAGGGAAAUGCUACUAUUUCUCUGAGGGCGAGGGGACCUGGGACUCCAGCGAGAGCUUCUGCUCUUCACUCAAUGCCUCCCUGGCUGGGAUCGACACCGAGAAAGACCUGAAGUUCAUUAUGCAAUAUAAAGGCGUCUCUGAGUUCUGGAUUGGCCUGAAGCGAGAAUCGGCGCAGCUCUGGCGAUGGGUGAAUGGCGAACAGUUCAACAACCUGUUUACGGUAAGAGGAGACGGCGACUGCGCGUACCUGAGCGAUGAUUUUGCCACUUCGUCAUGGUGCUCCACGAAGCGCUACUGGAUCUGCAGCAAACCCGACGGGAUGCAAAGGGAGGACGCGAUGCCGGGGGACUGAAGGGCGAAGGCUGGGAAAACGCCUCAAGGCCCAGCUGCCUGACGCUCCAAACGUCGCUCAAUAAGAUCCUCAACAGAGCUUGACAGAUUCUUUUUGUUGUUGUAAAUAAGCCUCUUUUCUAACCUGCUCUCUACUGUGGCCCCUGUAUAGCCUCUUCGUCCUGGGUGUAUAACUAAGACCCAGUCUACACUUAAAACUCACUCCUGAAUGCUGUAGCUAGGCCGAUGUCACCCCCAGUGUAGACGCAGCUAAGUUGACCUAGCUACCGUCACUGGGAAGGCGGAGUUCCUACAGUGAUGGGAAACCCCCUUGCCCCACUGUAGGAUGUGUCUGCUCUGGGGUUAUGCCAGCGUAAUCUGCUGCCAUGUCCCAAUACUGUGGACAUGGAUUAAAACCCCUUCCCAGCUCCCCCUGCUGUUGUCUGUCCGGGUGCGUCUACACUGCAGUGGGGGUACGUGAUUAAAGCAAUGAAGCUGCAGCAGCACUGGGCUAGUCGCCCAGGUCUUUAUCCAGGAUUCCAGCCUGUGCUGCUGCGGCAUCAUUGCUCCAGUACGAGCUACAUUAAAAUUAGCAUGUGUAUGUCUACACGAAUGGAAACCAAACCCUGUGAUUGCAAUGUGGACACACCCUCAGCUCUGCUGUGCCGGCCAAGCAGGAAGGCAGCACUGCUUGAGGAUAGAUUGAGACAAUCGUAAACAGCAACAGGCUAAGACAAUCCACAGCAAGCAGGGAUGUGAGGCAGCCGCACACAACAUCCUCCCAAAGGAAGGAAGCUGUGGCAAGAGACAAGCAGCCAGGCUGUGGAUUUUCUUCAACUGUUGCAGAACCAGGUCGCUCAUGCUGUCUCCCAACCCUGAGCAACAAAGUUGUGAGUUAAGGUUAAAUGGGACAGGGAUCUGAACUCACCAAUGGGCCCUUUGUUGAGGCUUCUAGUGAUGCCUCCUGCAUAGGGUCGACCUGUGUUGCAUUGUCUUCCAGAUCAAAAUGUGGUAGCUGCAUCUUUGACGGAGAGUCUCCAUUGUGGAGCAAAGAAGAUAAUUAAGGAGGGCCAGAAAUGAGGCGCAGAUUCCAAUGGAAAUCAAAAUGUCUGUAUGUUUGAGAGCGUUUCGGUCUUGCUGGGCUUCUUGAGCCUGGAAAGAGAAGGCCAGGCACGCGUGCAUGCCAGGAGAAGUUCAUAACUAGCUAGGUGUACUAGCAGAAAAGUCACAGAGGCGCGGGCGCCCUGUGAAGAAGCUGUGGAGCUGCCCAGGAGAGGGGAUUACUUUGUGAGAAGGCAUCGGGUUGUGUACUCUGUACUACCACUAAGGAAUUGUGGGUCGCUGUCACCGUUGCAUCCCGCCACAAGAAUUUGCUUACAAACUCAUAGGCAGAGCGAAUGCCUUUUAAUCUCAUUGAGUUAUCUUUCAAGGCGAGUUCGAGGCAGAGAAGCCGAGGUAUGUAGAACCCUUUCAAUUGCACUUGACUUUCCCUGUGAUCAAGUUUUUAAUCAGUGAGCAAAACAAACCGCAAAAUCUGAUUCAGGGUAAGCGGGCUGGUUUCUUGACUUUGAUCUUUGUCUGUAUAAGGGUCAUUUGCAAAUGUUGCUUAAGAGUUUAAUUCCCCUUGGACUCACUUGCCAGCUAAGUUACAAGUACUUUUGUGGAGGACAAGAUGCACAUUUUCCCCUAGUUUGAGGUGGCUGGGUAUUUUCUAGCUGCAUCAUCUGUUCAAACCAUGGCAGCGGAAUCUAAAUAAUUGAAAUAUAUAAAGUCUCACAACUAACGAAAAAUUAAUCGUGUGAUACCAUGGAGUGUUCACUGUUCACCUAUUUAAUGAUUUGCUGUUUACUUCUUUUGUUUUAUAAAGUUUGCUAUGACUUUGUCAGUCCUAAAGCUAACAGUCAAAAAAAGAAAACA